GGGGUGAAGCGGGAGGCCAACCGAACCUCCCUAGCCUUCUCACCAUGCAGAAGAGCGUGCGCUACAACGAGGGGCACGCCCUGUACCUGGCCUUCCUUGCGCGCAAGGAGGGCACCAAGCGCGGCUUCCUGAGCAAGAAGGCGGCGGAGGCGAGUCGCUGGCACGAGAAGUGGUUUGCUCUUUACCAAAAUGUGCUCUUCUACUUCGAGGGCGAGCAGAGCGGCCGCCCGGCGGGCAUGUACCUCCUGGAGGGCUGUAGCUGCGAACGGACACCCGCGCCACCCAGGGCAGGCGCCGGACCUGGAGGGGCCCGGGACACUCUGGACAAGCAGUAUUACUUUACUGUUCUUUUUGGCCAUGAAGGUCAGAAGCCACUGGAGCUGCGCUGUGAGGAGGAGCAGGAUGGUAAAGAGUGGAUGGAGGCUAUUCACCAAGCCAGUUAUGCAGACAUUUUGAUUGAGAGGGAAGUCUUGAUGCAGAAGUACAUUCAUCUAGUCCAGAUCGUAGAAACAGAAAAAAUUGCAGCUAACCAACUCCGACAUCAACUUGAAGAUCAAGAUACUGAAAUUGAAAGGCUUAAAUCAGAGAUUAUUGCUCUUAAUAAAACCAAGGAACGAAUGCGCCCUUACCAAAGCAACCAAGAAGAUGAGGAUCCAGACAUCAAGAAGAUUAAAAAGGUUCAGAGCUUCAUGCGAGGGUGGUUGUGCAGAAGGAAAUGGAAGACCAUCGUGCAAGACUACAUUUGUUCUCCUCAUGCUGAGAGUAUGAGGAAGAGAAACCAGAUCGUUUUCACCAUGGUGGAGGCCGAGUCCGAGUACGUGCACCAGCUCUACAUCCUGGUCAAUGGCUUCCUGCGGCCCCUGCGGAUGGCCGCCAGCUCCAAGAAGCCGCCCAUCAGCCACGACGACGUCAGCAGUAUUUUUCUCAACAGUGAAACCAUCAUGUUUCUUCAUGAAAUAUUUCACCAAGGACUAAAGGCAAGGAUUGCAAACUGGCCUACUUUAAUUUUAGCUGAUCUGUUUGAUAUUUUGCUCCCCAUGCUGAACAUUUAUCAAGAAUUUGUGCGAAAUCACCAGUACAGCCUCCAAGUCCUUGCCAACUGUAAGCAAAACAGAGAUUUUGACAAACUCUUAAAACAAUAUGAAGCCAACCCUGCCUGUGAGGGAAGGAUGCUGGAAACGUUCUUGACCUAUCCAAUGUUUCAGAUCCCCAGGUAUAUCAUCACACUGCAUGAGCUCCUGGCUCACACACCCCAUGAGCAUGUGGAAAGGAAGAGUCUGGAGUUUGCUAAAUCAAAGCUAGAGGAGCUGUCCAGGGUGAUGCACGAUGAAGUGAGUGACACAGAAAAUAUAAGGAAAAACCUUGCCAUCGAAAGGAUGAUAGUAGAGGGCUGCGACAUUUUGCUGGACACUAGCCAAACUUUCAUCCGCCAAGGUUCUCUUAUACAAGUACCUUCUGUUGAGCGGGGGAAACUUAGUAAAGUUCGCCUGGGUUCACUGUCUUUGAAAAAGGAAGGAGAGAGACAGUGCUUCUUAUUUACAAAACACUUUUUAAUUUGUACAAGAAGUUCAGGAGGAAAACUGCAUCUGCUCAAGACAGGUGGGGUCCUCUCUCUCAUAGAAUGUACAUUGAUUGAAGAGCCUGAUGCAAGUGAUGAUGACUCCAAGGGUUCUGGGCACAUGUUUGGACACCUGGAUUUUAAGAUAGUGGUGGAGCCUCCUGAUGCUGCCUCUUUCACUGUGGUCUUAUUAGCACCUUCGCGCCAGGAGAAAGCUGCCUGGAUGAGUGACAUCAGUCAGUGUGUGGACAAUAUACGAUGUAAUGGUUUAAUGACUAUAGUAUUUGAAGAAAAUUCCAAAGUUACUGUGCCACAUAUGAUUAAGUCUGAUGCCCGUCUUCAUAAAGAUGAUACAGACAUUUGCUUCAGUAAAACCCUUAACUCCUGCAAAGUACCCCAGAUCCGUUAUGCCAGCGUGGAGCGUCUCCUGGAGCGGCUGACUGAUUUGCGGUUUCUGAGCAUCGAUUUCCUCAACACCUUCCUGCAUACAUAUCGCAUUUUCACCACGGCCACUGUGGUGCUGGCGAAGCUCUCUGACAUAUACAAGAGGCCCUUCACCUCCAUCCCUGUCAGGUCACUGGAAUUGUUUUUUGCUACCAGUCAGAACAACAGAGGUGAACAUUUGGUGGAUGGAAAAUCCCCACGUUUGUGUCGCAAAUUCUCUUCCCCACCACCACUGGCAGUGUCCAGAACAUCCUCCCCAGUGAGGGCCAGAAAGCUGUCCUUGACUUCUCCCUUGAACUCAAGGAUAGGAGCCUUGGACCUGACCACCUCCUCGACAUCCAGCAGUCCUACCACCACCCAUAGCCCCACAGCAUCCCCACCGCCGCACACUGGUAAAGUACCGUUGGAUCUUAGCAGAGGCCUCUCUUCUCCAGAGCAAAGCCCGGGAUCCGUAGAAGAGAAUGUAGAUAACCCCCGCGUGGAUCUGUGUAACAAGCUAAAACGAAGUAUUCAAAAAGCAGUCUUGGAGUCUGCCCCAGCAGACCGAGCAGGAAUGGAAAGCUCCCCAGCAGCAGAUGCCACAGAACUUUCACCUUGCAGGUCCCCCUCGACUCCCCGGCACCUCCGCUAUCGCCAACCUGGAGGACAGACAGCUGACAAUGCCCACUGCUCUGUUUCGCCAGCUUCCGCUUUUGCAAUUGCCACGGCAGCAGCAGGACAUGGGAGUCCACCAGGGUUUAACAACACCGAGAGAACAUGUGACAAAGAGUUUAUCAUACGGAGAACAGCCACCAACAGAGUCCUGAAUGUCCUCCGUCACUGGGUCUCAAAGCAUGCACAGGAUUUUGAACUCAACAACGAACUAAAGAUGAAUGUCCUAAAUUUGCUAGAAGAAGUCUUACGAGACCCAGACCUUCUUCCCCAGGAAAGGAAAGCCACAGCCAAUAUCCUGAGGGCCCUUUCACAAGAUGAUCAAGAUGACAUUCACCUAAAAUUAGAAGACAUAAUUCAAAUGACUGACUGUCCAAAGGCCGAGUGUUUUGAGAGCUUAUCAGCCAUGGAGCUGGCUGAGCAGAUCACCCUCCUAGACCACGUCAUUUUCAGAAGCAUUCCUUAUGAAGAGUUUCUUGGGCAGGGAUGGAUGAAGCUGGAUAAAAAUGAAAGAACACCUUACAUUAUGAAAAACAGCCAACACUUUAAUGAUAUGAGUAACCUGGUGGCCUCCCAGAUAAUGAAUUACGCUGAUGUCAGCUCCCGUGCCAACGCCAUCGAGAAGUGGGUGGCAGUGGCGGACAUUUGCAGAUGCCUGCACAACUACAAUGGCGUGCUGGAGAUCACCUCGGCCUUAAACAGAAGUGCCAUCUACAGGCUGAAGAAAACCUGGGCCAAGGUGUCCAAGCAGACGAAAGCUCUAAUGGACAAACUUCAGAAGACGGUUUCAUCUGAAGGAAGGUUUAAAAAUCUCAGAGAAACCCUUAAAAAUUGUAACCCCCCAGCAGUUCCUUACCUUGGAAUGUACUUGACAGACUUGGCAUUUAUUGAAGAAGGAACACCCAACUUUACCGAAGAAGGCCUUGUCAAUUUUUCCAAAAUGAGAAUGAUAUCACACAUUAUCCGAGAGAUACGACAGUUCCAGCAGACUGCCUACCGAAUAGACCAUCAGCCAAAGGUCACACAGUACUUGCUUGACAAAGCCCUCAUCAUAGAUGAAGAUACGCUUUAUGAGCUGUCACUAAAAAUUGAACCUCGACUCCCUGCUUGAAGAUCUGGCCUUGCCCCGAGACCUCGGCAUUUCCAUGGAAA